UUACAUAUAUAACCCCAUCUCUCUCUCUCUCUCUCUCUCUCUCUCUCUCUCUCAAUUCUGAUUUCCCGGGAAAUUUUUCAACCCAAACAUCACAAGUCCGCUGUCUAAGUUUCUGAGAAAGGGAGAAUCAGCAAAAGGAGAAUAAAAAUUAUAUCUUUGUAAUAUCAAAGUAAUUAAAUUUUACGCAUGGAAUUCAUUGGUUCAAUUGCCUGAAACGAGAUUUAGAGAGAGCGAAAUGGACGAAGAAAUGCAGAAUUUUAUGAGGGAAGCUUACAAGGGAGAUGAAAUUGAUUUGGACUACGAGUUCGACGCGCCUAAGUUCUACGAUUUCACUCAGCCCGAUUCCGAUUUGGAGGACACGGAAGCCGAAGACUGGUUCCGAUUCGCCGGAAGUUAUCCGCCUUCGCCUUUCAUUAUAAAAUUGUUGAUGAAUUGGCAAAAAGACAUUCCUGUGGAACCUGUAAAAGUCUCUGCUGAAUCCAAAGAUGUUCAAGGCAUUAGAGACAGUGAUUCAAAUAAUUGCAUGGAAGCUGAGGUCUCUGCAACAGUAGAUGAGAAUAACAGAGAAUUUUCUAAUCACAUGGCUCGAGAUACUCAAAACCCUAAAACAAGCUCCCCGGCCAAGUCACCGCCUCUAUCAAGGGUUUCAACUUUGAUGAAACCCACAGCAAGUCAGUUGGCCAAGCAAAAUCAUCGUCGAGAACCUCACUUGAACCGGUUAUCGAGGAGGUCUGGGAAGAAGCUUGAGAAAGCUGAUGUUAAUUCACAGAAAUCUCCUUCUAGUGAUACCCAUUGUACUAAAAGACAGAAGUUGGAGGCUGGCUAUUUACGCAAGGUUGCUGAACAUAAGCAUCAACCUUUUUGGUUGCACAAGGUGCCAAUAAAGGUUGGAGGUGAUUUUAUCACAGUAAAUGCUAGACCUAAAGUAACCAUUCCUAUAGAACCGAAUUUGGAAACGGCACAUAGAGCACAAAGACGUAGGUAUAAGGUUAAUGCCAAACCAGGAGAACAAGCAAAAAUUCUCAAGGCUCCUCCAUUGCCAACCCCUAAAAAGAGCACGGUACCAGCAACAGAAUUUCAGGUGUUUAACCUCAGGACAUCGGCAAGAGCUUAUGCAAUGCAACAGACAUUUAAUAACGUGACAAAUGCACCAAAUUCUAAUGAAAAUACAGAGAUUAAAGGGCCAACCUUUGGCUAUGCCUUAACACAAGAGAAAAGUGGAACGGCUUUCAAAUGCACAGCUUGCUCUAUUAAAAAGAAGGAAUUCAAGUUUGCAAUUGACAAGAAGUUUCUAAAGGAGCCACCAACAGAUUUAUUUAGUAAGCUCUCCCUUGCAUCUGAAGCCCAGAACAAUGCAAAACCUCAGUCCAAAAGUGCCUUUGCCUGCUAAGGUUUUAAUCUCUUCCAGAACGUCGUCUGUAAAACCAAAAAGAAAACAGACCAAGCUCCUUUCAUCGACAACUCUGAGGUACAAUAUCAGCCUUUCACAAUGUUCCUAAUCGAGAAUAGUUUCUGGCUCAUUAAAUUUUCUGAAGAAGCACAAGACUAGCCAAGUUUUAGAUAUAUCAAAAUCAUAUAUCUGACUUAAUUGAAUGCUUCUUUCUACACACCGCUCAUAGACCAUCAAAGUGUUGAUGAUGGCAAAUGUGGUCACAGAAGCAUCAUUUUGGCAAUGAUUUGAGGUUGGGUAUUCUAUUUUCUGCUGUUAUGUUGUGAACGUUACGAGCAUGUACCUACAGGUUAAAUUUGUUAUGCAAAUAUGAAAGAGAAAAAGGGAAAAAAUAUUGAAUGUCUUAAA